GCACCUGGGUUGCCAAUGCACUUGUUGGUCUCCUCCCUCAGCCUACUUCAGUUCCCACUCAGGGACUCGGCAUCCAGACAGAGUGGGAGAUAGGCAGAAGCCUGGAGGGGAGUAAUACCUGCAGUCACCCAAAGUCCAGAGGCAGAACCACUGGACUCCAUUUACCUCCUCAAGGAGCCUGUGACCAGAAGGUUGAGCUCCAGGACGCUCCUGGGCAAUCCACUGAAGUUUUCCCUUUGCUCUGCCUGCUGACCUCUUCUCUCUCCUGAGUGUUCCCCCCAAAUGGAGCGAUCCACACAAGAAAUUUUCCUCAACUUCAUGAUUGUCCUGAUUACUGUAUUGCUCAUGUGGCUCCUCGUGAAGUCUUACCAGGAAUAAAAGACAAUCAGAAACUGUGGGAGGUGAUUUAAGUGUGUGUCUGCGGAGAUAAGUAGCACCUACAACACACCGCUGUGAUUAGCUUUCAGUCAGUCAAGUAUGUUGUGAACCUUUUUUACUCUCUUGUAUCUGUUGCCUGUGCUAAUGUUUGUGAUGGGUCUGUGAUGGUGUAAGUAUUUUAUUCUGCGGCGAUCCACUGUAAAAUGUAAAAUGCAAGAUCCUUAGAAGCUGUUUGACUUGGCUGUCUCCUCCAGUAGUUACUGUGAAUGCUGUAGCCCCCUGCCCACCAUGCCAGCUUGUUUGGUGUUGGUGUUAGGUACUCAAGGGUAUAAAACUGCAGUACGAAAUGUAACCAUCUAUAUUAACCAGUAUGAGAGGCACAAGUUCGCUUAGCAGAAGGGAAUGUGAAACCUCUACUUUCAUUUGCUCAUUUCAUUUCAAUAAAGAACAUGUAAACCCA